AUGGACACCCUGACAUUGCCCCUUACCCGGUACCACAAAACGAAUCAGAAUGAUGACAAUUGGCUCAAUACAAGACUUGUGAGCAGUUUGAGACAGCAGACGCAAUGGAAGCAUUCACCAGCAUUUGGCCAUCAGGCUCGCAACAAUUCAACUGCGUCAUUGUGGCCUGAGAGAGAUGAUGCGCUGUCACGAGAAUCACUUCUAGCAGAACAAGUCUCACUCAACCGACGUUUGAGACAGAGAGAAGACGGAGCCGCCAAGGAGAGCAUUGACACGAAACGGUGCCGUCAUAGCGAGCUAUCUGGAAAGGAGCCUGAACGACGUCGCUUUUUACCUUCACGCUACCGACGCCGCUUGAAGUCAGCUUCUCCACAUCGAGUUCUAGCUGGGCUUUCUGGUCCCCAAUCAGAGGCAUUAAGCCCAUGUGGUAGGGUCAAACAGAAGAACGUUCUCAAAGUGAUGCGCGGCCUGCGAGUGCGAAAUGUAAGUGAUGAUGGUCACCGUUGGUCAUUAGAGCCCGUGUUGAGAUCAGAAGACCAUCCCGUUUUUGUUCAGCCUGUCAAGGAAUUUGUCAUGAAACGAUGGAGAGUCUUUCGUUCGGGAAGGCGCAGCCGGUCGUCAAUCUUUGCUUUGAGUGAAGGUACUGGGAAACGUCUGGAUUAUCAACGUGCUGCUUCUAGCAUCUCCCGGGACUCGAGACAGCUAAGUCGACGUACCCAGAUCACGACGAUGAUUCAGGGCAGUGGGAUUUCCCUUGGACAGCAGGCUCCUGACAACGAAGCUCCAUCGAGAGCAUCAGCAGGAAGAGAACAAAUCCUGACCAGUGCUGAGGCCUCACAGGAUUCCACCAAUCAUGCUCAGACAACCACCAGAUCAGAGCCGCUGAUCGCGAUUGAAUGCUCAGACGAAGACCUGCCCAUGGAAAGCACCGACUACCGUCCUUCUACAGAAUUGGGUCCUCGCCCUUCUCUCCGAUUCUCAGAAUCAGGUCAAACAAGAAACAGGACGUCAACCUUGGGGACGACUAUAUACAAUUCGCCGUUGAUUGCAGAGGCUUCUCCCAAUUCGAAGAAGCUCGAGAGCGAUGGGAGGACCUCUUCUGGCACGUCAAGUUCAAUGAGAGAUCCAAAUGAAUUCCUGCACGGGGGAGAGAUAGCCAGCGCGUCAGAAUAG